UUUUAGGAUGGAUGAGGGAAGGCAGCCAUUGUCUAGGAAGAUACCAAUCAAAUCGAGCAAGAUAAAUCCCUACCGGAUGUUAAUUGUACUACGUCUUGUGAUUCUUGGUCUCUUCUUUCACUACCGUAUUCUUCACCCGGUCAAAGAUGCAUAUGCCUUGUGGCUUAUUUCUGUUAUAUGUGAGAUAUGGUUUGCGGUUUCAUGGGUUCUUGAUCAGUUCCCUAAAUGGUACCCAAUUGAGCGAGAAACAUACUUGGACCGACUCUCAUUAAGAUAUGAGAAAGAAGGGAAACCAUCGGAACUAUCCCCUGUGGAUGUAUUUGUCAGUACAGUGGAUCCAUUGAAAGAGCCUCCGCUUAUUACUGCAAAUACUGUCUUGUCUAUUCUUGCGGUUGAUUAUCCUGUCGAUAAGGUUGCUUGUUAUGUAUCUGAUGAUGGUGCUGCUAUGCUUACUUUCGAAGCUCUUUCUGAAACCGCGGAAUUUGCAAGGAAAUGGGUUCCUUUCUGUAAGAAAUAUUGUAUCGAGCCUCGUGCUCCCGAAUGGUAUUUCUGCCAUAAAAUGGAUUACUUGAAGAAUAAAGUCCAUCCCGCAUUUGUCAGGGAGCGGCGAGCCAUGAAGAGAGAUUACGAAGAAUUCAAAGUAAAGAUAAAUGCAUUGGUAGCGACAGCACAGAAAGUGCCAGAGGAUGGUUGGACUAUGCAAGACGGUACACCUUGGCCCGGUAAUAGUGUGCGAGAUCAUCCCGGCAUGAUUCAGGUCUUCCUUGGAAGUGACGGUGUUCGUGAUGUUGAAAACAACGAGUUGCCUCGAUUAGUUUAUGUUUCUCGUGAGAAGAGACCUGGAUUUGAUCACCAUAAGAAGGCUGGAGCUAUGAAUUCCCUGAUACGAGUCUCGGGGGUUCUAUCAAAUGCUCCUUACCUUCUGAAUGUCGAUUGUGAUCACUACAUCAACAAUAGCAAAGCUCUUAGAGAAGCAAUGUGUUUCAUGAUGGAUCCUCAGUCAGGAAAGAAAAUCUGUUACGUUCAAUUCCCUCAAAGAUUCGAUGGGAUUGAUAGACAUGAUCGAUACUCAAAUCGCAAUGUUGUGUUCUUUGAUAUCAAUAUGAAAGGUUUGGAUGGGCUACAAGGGCCUAUAUACGUCGGUACAGGUUGUGUUUUCAGGAGGCAAGCGCUGUACGGAUUUGAUGCACCGAAAAAGAAGAAGGCCCCACGUAAGACAUGCAAUUGCUGGCCAAAAUGGUGUCUCCUAUGUUUUGGUUCAAGAAAGAAUCGUAAAGCAAAGACAGUAGCUGCGGAUAAGAAGAAGAAGAAUAGGGAAGCGUCAAAGCAGAUCCACGCAUUAGAAAAUAUCGAAGAGGGACGCGUCACUAAAGGCUCUAACGUAGAACAGUCAACCGAGGCAAUGCAAAUGAAGUUGGAGAAGAAAUUUGGGCAGUCUCCUGUUUUUGUUGCAUCUGCUCGUAUGGAGAAUGGUGGGAUGGCUAGAAAUGCAAGCCCGGCUUGUCUGCUUAAAGAAGCCAUCCAAGUCAUUAGUUGCGGAUAUGAAGAUAAAACUGAAUGGGGAAAAGAGAUUGGGUGGAUCUAUGGUUCUGUUACCGAAGAUAUUCUUACUGGUUUUAAGAUGCAUUCUCAUGGUUGGAGGUCUGUUUAUUGUACACCAAAGUUACCAGCUUUCAAAGGAUCAGCUCCAAUCAAUCUUUCAGAUCGUCUCCAUCAAGUUCUUCGAUGGGCGCUUGGGUCGGUUGAGAUUUUCUUGAGUAGGCAUUGUCCUAUUUGGUAUGGCUAUGGAGGUGGUUUGAAAUGGCUUGAGAGGUUGUCCUACAUUAACUCCGUGGUUUACCCGUGGACCUCUCUCCCGCUCAUCGUUUACUGUUCUCUCCCUGCCAUCUGUCUUCUCACCGGAAAAUUCAUCGUUCCCGAGAUUAGCAACUAUGCGAGUAUCCUCUUCAUGGCGCUCUUCUCGUCGAUUGCAGUAACGGGUAUUCUCGAGAUGCAAUGGGGCAAAGUUGGGAUCGAUGAUUGGUGGAGAAACGAACAGUUUUGGGUCAUCGGAGGCGUUUCAGCGCAUUUGUUUGCUCUCUUCCAAGGUCUCCUCAAGGUUCUCGCUGGUGUCGACACUAACUUUACAGUCACAUCAAAAGCAGCUGAUGAUGGCGAGUUCUCUGACCUUUACCUCUUCAAAUGGACUUCACUUCUCAUCCCCCCAACGACUCUACUCAUCAUAAACGUUAUCGGAGUCAUAGUCGGAGUUUCUGAUGCCAUCAGCAAUGGAUAUGACUCGUGGGGACCGCUUUUCGGAAGAUUGUUCUUUGCACUUUGGGUCAUCAUUCAUCUUUACCCGUUCCUUAAAGGUUUGCUUGGGAAACAAGAUAGAAUGCCGACCAUUAUUGUCGUCUGGUCGAUCCUCCUCGCCUCGAUUCUUACACUUCUUUGGGUUCGGGUUAAUCCGUUUGUGGCGAAAGGCGGUCCUAUUCUCGAGAUCUGCGGUUUAGACUGCUUGUGAUUUGAUUGACCGAUGGAUGGGUUGGUGAAAAAGGUUUUUAUUCCCACGGAUCAAAGAGAGGUAAAAGAGAUAUUGUUUUACCUCUAAAGACUCCUUCAUUGUGUUCAUUAGAUGAGGAAAAAAGGAAAAGAAAAAGAAGAUUUAAUUUUGUUACGAGAUUGUUAUUUUUGCAAGAAUGUGUUGUAGAUAUAGAGAUGAAGAAGAAAGUUGUUGUCUAUUUGUUUUGUUCUUUGGUGGUGAGAGAAAAGAUUUGUCAAACUAUUCUUUAAUUGAAUAUUUCUGAUCUCUUUUGAAUAUUACAGAAGAGCAGUUUCAAUCUGU